UCGCCGGAGGUUGCGCUCAUUUCUCUACCACUCAUCUCCGACCACCACUCAACAUGGGAAACUGCCAAGCUAUUGAUAAUGCAAGUCUAGUUAUACAACACCCUAACGGAAAAGUUGAGCGGCUCUAUGCCGCCGUCUCCGCCGCAGAGGUCAUGAAACUCAACCCCGGUCACUACGUCGCUCUUCUUCUUACUACCACCUUAUAUUCUUCCCGUCCUCCACCGUCCACCGCCACCACCACCCACGCCCACCCUCUUCGGAUUACCCGAAUCAAGCUUCUCCGGCCCACCGACAAUCUCACUGUCGGCCAUAUUUAUCGACUCAUCACCACCCAAGAGGUAAUGAAAGGAUUAAUGGCAAAGAAGAACGGAAAAGUGAGCGAUUAUAUGAACAAACCGGUGCCGGUUCCGGCAGGAGAACUCGCCGGAACAAAUGUAACGGCAGCUGUAAGAUCUAAUCAAUCCGAAAGAACACACCACCAGAUGAAGAGAUCGGAGAAAGACCGAAGAACGGCGGCUGCAAUGAAGCCGAGAGGAUGGCACCCGUCGUUAAACAGUAUCUCGGAGGCAUCAAGCUAGCUUAAUACUAAUCAAUUCGCGAUGUUAAUAUUGACCCUGAUGAUGAAUAUUUAUUAGUUAUGGUUUCAGUUUUUUUAUGAAUACUGUAGGAUUUCAUCAGUAGCUUAUUUGAAGGAUUCGUUCCGUUAAAAAAAUGAUUACUUAAAGUUUUUUAUGAAUCCUGUAGGAUUAUCAGAAUUAUUGAUUAAUUAAAGUUUGUUGAAA